AUGUCGGACCACGUGCAGUGGUUCCGUUUCCAGAACCUGCAGGAUGACUUCAUCAAGUACUAUCGAGCGAGCGAUAAGCACCGCAUCGACGAGAUUAGGCUGAGUCGCCUGAGCAUCCUGUACGGGGCCGCCACACUUAACCGGCGCAUAGAGCAUAUCUUCAAGGAUGAGGAGACGAAGGGCAUGGUCAUUUGCGCCCAUCUGAAGCACUCGAAGGUGCAUGACUUUUACAUCAUUGCCGCGUGCCUAAUCUACGGCUACACGCUGUUGCACACGAACUGGCACGCUGACAAUGAGUAUACGCUACUGUACAAGCUGCGUUCCACCAACUGCCGUCUGGUCAUCGUCGACGACGAGAUCGAGACGGAGAGCAUGAUCCCCGAUGUAAAGUACCUGCGCAUGUCCGACGUAUACGCCGAAUCUAUUUACAAGAAGAGCCUCACGUUGCGCAACUACCUGUCGCUCGUUGAGUCCUCGAGUAAGGAUGGAUCUGGCCACCGUAUGCAGGAGAUGCUUUGUGACCAGUCGAAGCACGUCGGGGCUGUGGACCCGAACGCUGUGAUGAUGAUCACGUUCAGCAACAGCGGUAUAUCUGGGAUCCCUCGUGCGCGUAGGGUGACGUACGGCGAGAUGGCUGGGCACUUCAAGUCGCUGGAGGCUAUGGGCGCCUGGCGUCCGUCGGACGUGUUGGUAGUGUUUAUGACCAACCCUACGUACGACUUCUUCACGAACAUAGUGCUCUACUACUGUAUGAGCCGCGGGAACGUGUAUGUAUACUUCCUGCAGCGCUACAUGUCCACGUAUUGGAAGAUAUUGUGGGAGUCGAACGAACACGCCAAGAACGUGUUCACCCAGCUGGGCAAGAGCUACAAGGUCGGUGUUUUUCUGCUCCGUUUCACGCCACCGCAGAUUCUUAGCUUCUUGUUCCCCCGUCAACUGGAAGCGCUGUUGACGCUUGAUGAAGUUGCGCAAGAAUGCAAGUUGUUUGCUGCCGGAAAUGCCGGGCCUGGUUCGCCACUUAUGUCCGGAGCCUCCGGCAGCUUGGAACGGGCGGGAUCGGACGAAUUCCAAGAUUUGCCCACGGCUGCUUUUGCAAAGCCGCAUACUGCUGUUUCGGAGAACGCUGAUCAGCCGUAUCCCACAUCGCCCAAAUCCGCGACUCCCUCUGACCCCGGGCAUCCGCUUUUGUCAUACGGCUCAGGCGCAAUAGCCGUCGCGCGGUCCAGUAUCGGCAAGGUAUCGAAGUACAUCUUUGGCAAGCGCACUUCGUCGAAGUUGGAUCCUUCGAGCACGGAGGGCGACAACGCCAACAGUGGCGGCGAGGCCGCUUCUGGCGCCGAUGAGGACGUUGGCGAAGGCCCCCGCAUAACUAAACGCAACUCAAGCGACGAUUGUGACGGGGCGAAUGGCAGCGAUAAGCCACGCCCUGUGAGCCUCUACAUCCCCAAGUUACACCUGAAGUUCAGCGAACUGCGCAACGUGCUCUGCGACAAGAACGUCCUGUUCCUGCUAUCUGGCACUCAUGCCAACUACGAUUUGUGCCGCCUAUUUGCGUGCCUCACAGGGGGCAAAACGCCCAUUAUGAAGUACGGUUGCAGCGAGAUCUCCCCAACGCUGACGCUAAUAUCGCCGACUUUGGACCAGCGUCGCCUGAUGGAAUUGUACAAUAUCGGUUUGAACAACAAAUUCAGGGACAAGCAUGUGCUUGGGCAUUACAUCGGUACUGCCGUGGAUGCUGAUCGGGGUUUUGCUGUGGUGAGGUCUGUGGACAGUGUGGACCUAAAUUUUAUGAUUCCUUGCGUGCCGUACGAGCCCGGCUAUUUCGUUUGCCGCGAAGGCGACUACACCAAGCUGCUGCUCCCCCGGGAGUUGCAUGGCACUAUCAUGGAGGACGGCACUUAUCUGGGCCUGGGCGACGUCGGGUUCUACGUGGACAUGUUCGGCUCUCGACACUUCUACUGGUCGCACAAGGUGGACCACUCCAUUCCCCGCGGAGUGGCCUACCCUUACUUCGACCUGCUGUCCCUGAACCACCUGAUGCAGCAGGCGAUAUGCGAGCGGUACGACCUGACCGAGCCCGUGGUACGCGUCGAAACGAUGUUGAUGCCUCAGCCCAGGGGCGGCACCAAGAUCGUUUGCGCCGUGGAGCUUAUCACUGCCCUGCGUGGCGAGAUUGCGGAAGACAUUAUGUCGACCUUUUUGAACGUCUGCAAAUCCGCCGGUCUGUUCACGAGUUGCCCCGUGCCUGACGAAAUCCGGGUGGUUUCGAUCCCUUGGGCGUACAAGGGUUCGGUCAACUACCCGGCGCUACGGGUGAGUGUGUGUCGUACAUGUGUUGACUUGCUUUCAGGACCAAUUGCAGAGGAUGUCACCAUAAUGUCACGUAUUUUUAAUUUACGCGCGUGCAAACGUUUCAUUGUGGCCGGUUCCGUGAGCGCCGCCGCAGCUGCGGUGGUGUCUCAUAACGUUGUGACCCUGCGCUGGGUUCGCAAUGAUAGCAUGUCGCCAGUGCUGUUUGCGCUCGACGACUCCAGGGACCUGGCGGUCGUGAUCCGCGCCUCCCGCUUCUAUCGCAACGACGUCGUCCUGUACCAACACCCUAACGAAGGCACCGAGCUCUUCGGCCGCCUGGUGGAAAUAAACGCCAGCGAGAACCCCAACCACGUGAAACGGCGGGUGCCGUCCGGCCACUGCUGGGUUGAGAACGACAACCCCCGUUCGGACGAGCCGGACAGCAACGAGUUCGGGGCGGUGAGUGUUUCACGUUCAAUGCGUGAGCACUUUAGUGCAACAGAUUUAGUGGUGUACUUUGCGUUAGCAACAUCGAUUUUGUAUGUUUACGAUCGUUUUGCAGAUCCCACUGGGACUUCUGCGCGGCUGCGUGUUAGCGACGGUGUACCCGUUCUCGCGUGCCAAGGUGCUCGUCAGCUGAGCGAGCUAACCAGGUCUGGCGGGACCUUCCUGCGUAUGUUGUUGUGGAGCGCCGCCUGUAUGUCAACGCUUGGGUUGGUACCGCCUGGUGGCGUGAGCUUGAGUGCCCUCGCGUUCGCAUUGCGCCAUGCGGCUGCAUUCGCAUCACUAGUCGAUGGGUUGGGAGGCGUGUUGCUCGUCCCCGCCUUCUGCUGA